AUGUUUGUCACUCGUGCAAUCCAAGCUCGCAUCACCCGUUUCGGUGUCAGAUAUUCAGCCGUUAGUAAAAGAAAACGGAUACCAGUCCAGCUGUUAAGAGACUUUCCGACCAUCGGGGUCAAAGGACAAAUAGUGCAAGUGAAACCAAGUGUUAUGAUAAAUCGACUUCAUCCGAAAAACGGAGCAGUGUACAUGCACUUGCCUAACUCUAAACCUAAAAUUCCUGUGGUUGAGCCGAAGGAAUUGGACCUGGCGUCCACUGGCCUGGAGCAGGAAAACGACGAACCGCAAAUGUUGACUUUGGAUGAUUUAAUAUCUUUUGAUUUGAAUCAAUUACUAGGCUCUGAGAGAGAUGCAAUCAUUGCGAAAUUACCUCUUCGCGUCUUAUUCAGAGCCGAGAAGUCUAAUAACAAAUUACGGAACCCAAUCUCGGGAAGCAGAGUGCUUAUGACCCUGAAUAGAAUGGUUGCACAAGGUUUGAAACAAGAUGAGGAUCCAGACCAGGUGAACGCUUUUUUUGCAGACUCUAACUUGAAGUUAGAUAUUUUGGAUCAGGAAGAAAAUCAUAUAGAUUACAUUCACGAGGAUGGAAUCUACUCCGCACAGUUAACCGACUUGCGUGACGGCGAAAAUCCUGUGCACAGAUUCACGAUUGGUGUAAACGUCAACUAA